UGAGCCUCCGCGCGCACAUUACUUAUCUGACUAACAGUUUUCAAAUGCAGGUUCCCUUUUAAUUUUCGGUAUAAUUUGCAAGUUUUCGUGUGAAUAAUAUAUCAUUUUCAGUGUGGGAAACAAUUUUUUUAUUCAAAAUAAUAUUCCACGUUAGGAUUUAUAAUUCAUGCAAAAGGUGAUAUUUUUUGUGUAACUACUGAAAACUAAACGUCAGUUGAUUUAUGUGAUUUUAAGUGUGUUCAGUUGACUGUUUUUACACCAAAGUGGAAGGAAAUGAUGGAUUAAUUAUGUGUUUUAAUUAUUAUUUUCACAUAAUUUAAUAAGUGGAUAACCAAUGAAUUUUAGUGAUCAAUAUAAAGGAAUUAAAUCAGUCGAAUAAUUAUAAUAACAGUGUACUGAAUGUAAUUAAUUAUAUUACAUAUGUAAAUAUAUGUAUAGUGGUGAGUAAGAUUCGGGUGUGGAAGUACAAUAAACAAUCUCAACAAUAUAAGACGCUUAUAAAGCGUCGUCGAGGUGGAAAGUAGUCGGGUGGACGAGAGAAUGCUACGUGGAUGAUAGAAUAGAGGGAGAUUUGGUCCGUCAGCAUGCUGUGGAUGAUCGCCUUAGCUUUGUGUCUCGAGAUGUCGACCCUCGUUUCUGCAAUCGCAAGAAGAACGACGUCGCCAACCCGGAGCCCGGAUGACUAUAACUUAGCUAACGAUGAGCUUGAUCAUCCCAUACCCAUUGAAGCUGUCCAAGGUGUGGCAGGUCAACGGGCGUAUCUACCUUGCGAUUUACUUCAUUCCCGAGAUACCAACGAUGCUGUUUCCAUGGUAUUGUGGUUCAAAGAGUCAAGUGGCGAGCCAAUAUACAGUUAUGAUGCUCGAAAUCGUCAAGCAGGAAAAGUUAAGUUAUGGAGUGAACCUAAUUUCUGGGGAAGUAGAGCGACUUUUCGUCUUGGAUCACCAGCCCAAUUACAAAUUCAAGAGGUGUGGCCUAGCGAUGAAGGAGUAUACAGAUGUCGAGUUGACUUUAGAAAUUCUCCUACACGUAACAUCAAAGUGAACUUUACUGUUAUACUGCCACCGUCAAAACCAAUAAUCUACGACAUGAAGCGCCGUGACAUGAGCAAGCUGUUGGUGGCACAUGCCGAAGGAACUAACCUCACUCUAGUCUGCGAGGUUCGUGGAGGUAAACCAAAGCCUCAAGUUAUGUGGUUCCUCGAAAACCGAAUGAUUGACGGAACGUACGAAGAACGGGAUGUCCAGGGACCAACGGGAGAUAUUAAUUUCAUUACUGAGAACCGUAUUACGCUAAAAGAUCUUACCCGAAGCCAACAUCAUGCUAAAUUGACGUGCAAAGCCAAUAACACCCAUCUAGCUGAGCCACCAUCAACCACCGUUGUUAUCGAACUUCUGAUGAGACCGCUGUCAGUAAAGAUCGUGGGAAAAGAGCGGAUUGUCUCGGCAGGAAAACGGUACGAAAUAAAAUGUCGUAGUGCUGGUUCCAAGCCACCGGCGAAUUUCACAUGGUGGAAAGGAUCAAAGCAAGUUAAAAAAGGAGUUAAAAAUAUUCAAGACGGAACGACGAGUGAAAGCCUACUUGAAUGGUACCCGAGCUACGAAGAUGACGGCAAGUACUUGAUUUGCCGUGCUGAGAAUUCACGAUUAUCCGAUGCAGCCAUUGAAGAUCGAUGGAACUUGGUGGUACACUAUAAGCCGGUGAUGACAUUACGAAUGGGCUCAUCUAUAAACCCCAAAGUUAUCAAAGAAGGUGAUGAUGUUUACUUUGAAUGUAACGUGAAAGCUAAUCCCCCAGUGUCAAAGUUAUCCUGGUAUCAUAAGGAUAAAAAAUUACAGCACAACAUAACAAGCGGAAUUUUGUUGACGGAUCAUUCUUUGGUGCUUCAAAGUAUCACGCGUAAUUCAGCGGGUGAUUAUGUUUGUUCAUCAGCGAACAAUGAAGGUGAUUCGACUUCAAACGUAAUCCAACUUGACGUGAUGUUUGCGCCAACAUGCAAGCGUGUAGUAAACUUUGACGUAGUGUCAUCAAAGUCCUUUGGAAAGUCAACCCCAUUCUCAUUCAACGUGCCUGAACAACUACAUGGGGCUUUAAAGCAUGAGAUGAUCAGUCUGGUGUGUGAGGUCGACGCUAACCCAACUUUAGUCACCUUUCGUUGGACUUUCAAUAGCAGCAGUGAGAUACGAGAUAUUUCACCGGUUAAAUUUACCACCGACAGCAUUAUCAGCCGACUUAACUACACUCCUGUUACUGACAUGGAUUAUGGAACUAUUGGAUGCUGGGCUAGUAACAGUAUAGGGGAAUCCAAAGAGCCCUGUUUUUACCCAGUAAUUCCUGCAGCAUCUUCUUUGGACGCAGGAAAGCCAUAUCCACUCCAAAAUUGCACAGCACAUAACAAUAGCAAUACAAAGAUCCGAAUUUCAUGUAUUGAAGGAUUUGAUGGAGGGUUUCCACAGAAAUUUGUUGCCGCAAUCGACGAUCGUAGAUGGGAAUCUACGAGUCCUCACUGGGUAUUGGAAAUUCAUAAACCGACCACUGUUGCACUAUACGCCGUGAAUAUCAAAGGGUCCAGCGAUCCCGUCAUUAUGGACGACAUUGGCCUAAAAGGAGUCGCCAAAUUCACUGGUGAUUCAACGUCGUCAGUAGAUAUGUCGCCCAUUUUAAUUGGCUUGGGUGGGACGGCAACAGGAUUGGGACUCAUUGUCAUGGGUGUACUGAUGGCAUUGUGGAGAAGACAUGCCGCGACGCCGACUAAGCCAAAACAAUCUCAACAACCGACUAUUUCUUCAUUCACUGGAAAGGGUGAAGAAGAAGAUGGCAAUCCUGACAUCAUACCUACUACUGUUUUAAGUAACCAUUUGUCAGAUAAAAAACUUUCAGUUUACGGUUCUCUGCCGCGCAGACCAUGCCACCUGGAGGGUCGAGAAAUGCUUCAUGACUUUCUUGAAAAUCCGGAUUAUCCUCGAGCUUCGACUAAUAAUUUUUACAGCUUACAAAGACCAAGUCGUUAUUCUGAAACAAUUGUGAGAACAUCAGCACUUCAGGAAAGCUGUAUCUGAACUCGUUUUAAAAUUCAUUUCUAAAUAAUAAAAGAAAAAAAGUCAUAAAUAUGAAAAUAUAAAUACAUAUACAAAUCUACACGGUAAAAACUCGAGCAAUGGAUUAUAGAUCAAAAUGAGGAAUCAUUGAAAAGUUUAAAUGCAUCAUAACUACUAUAAAUAUAUAAAUAUCAUCUAACAUGUUAUUAUCAUUAUUACUACUUUUUUUUUUUAUUUUUUUUAACAUAAUCAUUGCUCGAAUAAGGCUGCAUUUCAUUUGUAACAUAAAAUAUACCCAGCUAUUUAAAAAAAACACCUCAAUGCCAAAUAUACCUUCGAGGUAUCGAACACAUAUUUUUUAAAAUCAGGUUUAAUAAUUUCAAUUUAUUUAAAUGGCUUUUUAAAUUCAUCCUGUGAGAGAAUACGGCCUGCGGGGGUAGGCAAAAAAUACUUCGAAUGCUCAACGAGAUGACAUAUAUUUAAUACUGGCUUAAAUUGCGUUACAUUAAAUCGCAUAUCUAUAGAACAAAAGAAAGUGAACUAGAUCGAGAAUUAUAAACCUUUCUAGAGGUUCGAUUUUAUUUUUAAUUAUUAAAACGGAACCCAAGAGAUUUAAGUUAUUUUUUGCUUGUUAUUGUAAAAGAAAAUUUUUUAUCAGUUUUCAAUAAGAAUUCAACGUAAUUUUUUAUCAGUUUUCAACAAUAAUUCAACGUAGAAACCUAAUAAAGGGUGACAUUGAAAAUAAUGGCUACUCAUUUUUUGUAAAUAUUUUCUUUUUUAAAAAAAAGGUUGAUCCCGUAACCACAAACUUACGAAUAACUUGCUCACAAUAGUAAAAAAAUUUGUGUUAAAUAUUUAACACUUUUUUGUGCUGAUUUCAGAGAAUUAACAUAAAAAAAUAUUAAA